AUGUCAACUGGUAAUAAUCAUUCAUUUACGAGAAAAACAACAACGGCUUCUGACGACUCGCCUGCUACUAAUAACAAUUCUUCUGUGAAAAAAACAAGACUACUGGUUGGUGAAGGGGACUUUUCUUUUACGGACGCACUUUUAGAGAAGCAUGCUUUUACCCGUGAGGAAAUCAUCGCUACUGAGCUGCGCUCAAAGGAAGAUACUAUUAGAUUGUAUAAGAAUGACGGCAUUCAACGAAGGCUUCGUUAUUUGGAGAAGAAACCCAAUGUGACAAUUCAGUUUGAAAUUGACGCAACACAACUGCAUGUACACUAUAAGAGGCAGCAAUUUCAUCGAGUAUAUUUCAAUUUUCCAUGUACAGAUAUACUUGGCACACUGAAAAUGCUGAGAGAUUUUUUUCAAUCUGCUGCAAAGGUACAAGAUGUGGGUCAUCGCGUACUUUUGACACUUGUAUGUCUCCCUGGCGACGAAAAAAAGACAGCCGAUGAUCAUCGUAAAUAUUGGCAUGGAUACGUGUACGGUAUGGUUAAUGCUAGCCAGUCUGCUGGUUAUCGUUUGAUUCAAAAACGACGUUUUAAUGAUUCCGAAAAGAAGUUUCGUCGUUAUGGCAAUAAAUAUGUACAUCGACUCACAUACGGACCAAAGUCGUCAAAGCAUGCUAAAGACGCACGACAAUAUGUGUUUGAAAGGGAGCAACGUUCGGUCAAAUACAGAGAAAAUAAAAUUUACAAGAUUACGCUUGGUUCAACAGCUCUUCCAACAUAUCCUAUGAGGAAGUUCGAACAUUUCCUAGAAGAUAUGACAACGGACACAGACGCGACGGACACAGACGCGACGGACACAGACGCGAUGGACACAGACAAUGACACUUGA